AUGAGCACGGGCUGGAGGACGCUGCUGCUGCGCAUCGGCGACAGGUGCCCCGAGUAUGGGGGCUCCGCCGACCACAAGGAGCACAUCGAAACUUGUUAUGGUGUACUAUCCCGAGAAUUUGAACACUCCAGCGACGCAAUAUUUGAGUUUCUCCUUCAGUGUGCAGAACAAUUGCCUCACAAGAUUCCUUUCUUUGGAGUUCUGAUUGGUUUGAUAAACUUAGAAAACGAAGACUUCACCAAGGCUAUUGUAGAUACCACACAGGCUAACCUACAGGAUGCCUUGCACAAUGAAAAUCGUGAUAGAAUUAGGAUAUUGCUGCGAUUUCUCAGUGGUCUGAUGUGCAGCAAAGUUGUAGUUCCAAGUUCAAUCAUCGAGACAUUUGAGACCCUAUUAUCAUCUGCUGCAACAAUAUUAGACGAGGAGACUGGCAAUCCUUCGUGGCAACCACGUGCUGACUUCUACGUUUAUUGUAUUUUGGCUUCACUUCCAUGGGGUGGUCCAGAAUUGUUUGAGCAAGUUCCGGAUGAGUUCGAGAGAGUUUUAGUUGGUAUACAGUCUUACAUAAGUAUCAGGAGGCAUUUUGAUGAUAUUGCUUUCUCAGUCUUUGAGACAGAUGAAGGCCACUCUCCAAACAAAAAGGAUUUCAUGGAAGAUCUAUGGGAGCGCAUUCAAGUUCUUUCCCGCAAUGGAUGGAAAGUUAAAAGUGUUCCAAAACCCCACCUGUCAUUUGAAGCUCAGCUGGUGGCCGGAAAAUCACAUCGUCUUUCCCCUAUAAGUUGCCCUCCACCCAUUCCCUCGCAGUCAUCUUCUGAAAUGUUAAAAGGUCAGGAGAAACAUGAAGCCGAUAUGAAGUAUCCUCAGAGACUUCGUAGACUCCAUAUCUUUCCAACGAAUAAAGCUGAGAACAUGCAGCCUGUAGAUCGUUUUGUUGUUGAAGAAUGCAUUUUGGAUGUGCUACUUUUCUUCAAUGGAUGUCGGAAAGAAUGUGCAUUUUAUCUGGUCAGCCUUCCUGUGUCAUUUCGCUAUGAAUACCUGAUGGCAGAGACCAUAUUUUCACAGCUACUAUUGUUGCCGAAUCCACCAUUCAAGCCAAUUUACUAUACAUUGGUUAUCAUUGAUCUUUGCAAGGCAUUACCAGGUGCGUUCCCUUCAGUUGUGGUAGGAGCAGUGCAUGCUCUUUUUGACAGAAUUAGUAUCAUGGACAUGGAGUGCCGCACCAGACUUAUACUAUGGUUUUCACACCACUUGUCAAAUUUUCAAUUCAUUUGGCCUUGGCAGGAGUGGUCUUAUGUCAAGGACCUCCCAAAAUGGGCUCCACAGCGUGUUUUUGUCCAGGAAGUGUUGGAAAGGGAAGUACGCUUGUCGUACUUUGAAAAAAUCAAGCAGAGUAUCGAGGAUGCUGCUGAGUUAGAAGAACUGCUACCCCCAAAAGCUGGGCCUAGCUUCAAAUUCCAUAGCGAUGAAAGCAAUGAAAACACCAAUGGCCAGAAGUUAUCCAAGGAACUUGUUGGCUUGAUUAGAGGAAAGAAGACUACACAUGAUAUUAUUUUAUGGGUGGAGGAACAAAUAAUUCCAACAAAUGGUACUGAAUUUGCGCUCGAUGUUGUUAGCCAGACACUUCUUGACAUGGGUUCAAAAAGUUUCACCCAUCUUAUCACUAUUUUGGAGAGAUAUAAUAAGAUAAUCUCUAAGCUAUGUCCAAAUGAGGAAAUGCAGCUACUCUUAAUGAAUGGAGUCAGUGCUUAUUGGAAGAACAGUACCCAGAUGACUGCUAUAGCUAUUGACAGAAUGAUGGGUUAUCGCCUGGUAUCCAAUUUGGCUAUAGUCAAAUGGGUUUUUUCUCCUGCCAAUGUUGAGCAAUUUCAUAUUUCUGAUCGACCAUGGGAGAUUCUUAGAAAUGCUGUCAGUAAAACAUACAAUCGGAUCAGUGACCUCCGAAAGGAAAUUCAAUCACUCAAGAAAGGUCUUCAAGUUGCUAACGAGGCUAGUGCAAAAUCCAUAAAGGAGCUGGAGGAGGCCAAAUCAGUGCUUGAGAUUGUAGAGGGGCAACCUGCACCAGUUGAAAGACCAGGUAGGAUAAGGCGACUCGAAUUACGUGUAAAAAAUGCAGAGGACGAGGAAAGAACUAUUGAAGAAUCUUUAGAAGUGAAGGGAGCUUUCCUUGCUCGGGCUCUUGAAGAAAGCAAGGACUUGCUUAAGUUACUAUUUAAGAGCUUUGUUGAUGUGCUCACUGAACGUUUGCCGCCUGUCUCUCUUGAUGGAGAAAUUCCUAAUCUGCGCACUGGAGAUCAAAGUGUAAAUUUUGCACCUCAAGAUCCUGAAGCGGCAACAAUGGAUAUUGACAAUGAAAAUGGAGCAGAUAACAAUAGUGAACCGAAUGGGCGAAACACAAAAAAUGGAUACAAUGUUGGAGAGCUUGAGCAAUGGUGUCUCUGUACACUGGGUUAUCUCAAGUCAUUUUCCCGCCAAUAUGCAAGUGAGAUUUGGUCAAACAUUGCAAUGUUGGAUGAGGAGGUCUUCGUUGGGGAUGUUCACCCACUUAUCCGAAAAGCUGCUUUCUCUGGUUUGUGCAGAUUUGCCAAUGAAGGGUCUCAUCCUUGA